AUGAAAGCCAAGAAAAUCGACCUACUUAAAAAAAAAGAGUUCGACAAGAGCAUUCUGUCGGAUGCCUUCAACACCCAGGACGAAAAUAUUUUGCACCUCGUUGUGAGCCACCCCAUAUCGAGUGUGCUGGACGAACAGAAUGGGAACGCGAUGAGUGCCAUGAGCGGCGGCAUGUGCAGCGGCUUGCUCAUCAACAAAAAGGCAAACGUAAAAAGCGGGGAAAGCGAAGAAGAGGCCAUUAUAUGCAUAAGAGAAAUUGGGAUAAACUAUUUUGGGAAUUCAUUUGAGGAUGGCACAACAUCUGGAGAAGUGGUUCAUUCUCAUAAUGACAUCACCGGGAUUAACAUUUGGGAGUGCUACCUCAUGAUAAGCAAAUGGAUCUCCUAUAUCAUUUCUCUUUUCAAGCAUGUGAACAUUGUUCACAACGGAACUAAUCAAAGACCGAACCAAGUAAUCAUUAUCGGUGUCAAUCCACCCACUCCAAGUGACAUGUCGCAUAAUGUCCUAUUAAACGAAGAACUCUUUGGCCACCUAGAUUCAGCAUGGAGGAGUAAAAGUAAAAAUAUGCAACGUCCAUUGAAACAAUGA